AAAAGUACAAAUACAAAGCACAAACUUAUCUAACUAAAUUUCAUUCAAUAGCUUGAAGAAAUUUGUAUUGAGCUGUAGUACAUAAAAAAAAAGUUAAACAAAAUGUCCAAGAUUGAAAUUGAAGCAAAAGUUCGCACCAGCGAUGGCAAAAUAUUUACUUUGAGCCCUUCGAUUGUUGAGCAAAUUGGACUGCUACGAAAAAUGCAACAGAAUGUAGAAGACGAUGAGGAUAAUAUUAUACCAUUGGAUCGUAUCAGUUCCAAAGUAUUCCAAUUGAUAAUAAAGUGGUGUAAUGAAGGAUUGGACUUGAAGAAUGUUAACCGCUUAACUGUGGUUGACUUGAUCGCAGCUGCUGAUUUUCUCGAGAUUCCAAGUUUGGUGGAUAAAGCCACGAUUCACAUUGCAGCGUUGCUUUCCUCUUAUUGAAGAAAAUAAUGUAUUUAAGUUAAAGAAAAAAUGUAUUGUCGUUUUUUGUAAGUAAUUAAAUCUUUAUUAAAUCUCAAUUUGUCGGUGAUUAUUAUUCAA